AAUGGACUAUAGCAGUGUGAACAGAGUCGUCGUUCGAGAACGAGUGGCUCCUUAACCGGUGCUUCGUUUUAUACCUUGUCCCGAGCAACUUCAUUUCGUCCAGAAAUUAAUGAAUACCGUUGCACGAUGAAGGGCUGUCGUGGCGCAAGAAAUGUCCAUUCGAGCGCAAAAACGUCAACGUGUCGAGGCUGAGCUGCCAGAGAUCCUCCUGAAUGGAAGCGUGCGCUUCAAAGAGGGUUGCAAGUGCGAGAGAAGCAGACGAUAGGCCGGAGAAAAGGGCCACUAUCAUCCCCUAACAAGCGUUCCCCUGCUCUGGGAGUCGUAACGGAAGAAAAAAUGACUAGGCUUCUGUACGCGUUGCUGUCGCUGCUGUCGGUGGCGUGCAGCCUUCAAAGCGGGGGUGUAACCAGGGGUGGCAGCCGCAUUCAGAUCGGUACCAGCGAGAGGGGGACGCAUUCAAAGGGCACGGGGUUGUUCGGGGGACGUGGACAAGGGGCAAUAAAACUCGGCGAGGGGAGAUUUCCAAAUUCGACCAGGCAAUUUCGACCGUUCACCACCACUACGACCACCCCUAUGCCCAUGAAAUCUACACAGGCGCCACAAACUUCCGACAAGAAUCGUUACAACAUCACGUACUUGGAGGUGGGCAUGGUUGUGCCGCAUAAGUCUUUCGGAGUGAGGGAAUACACAAAAGCCGUGACAUCAGCUGUACAUUCGCUCCAAAAAAGCACCAGAGGGCCGAAAUUAAGGUUUUUCGAAAGAUACGACAUUCAUGUGAAGGUGUCUAUGAAGGCGUUAACACCCAGUCCCACUGCAAUUCUGCACUCACUGUGCAAGGAAUUUCUGCCGACGAACGUGUCCGCCAUUCUGUACCUGAUGAACUACGAACAAUACGGUCGAAGUACUGCCAGUGCUCAAUACUUUUUGCAGCUCGCUGGUUAUUUAGGAAUUCCAGUAAUUGCUUGGAAUGCCGAUAACUCCGGAUUAGAACGGAGAGCCUCGCAGAGUAACUUGCAGCUGCAGUUGGCACCCUCGUUAGAGCAUCAAACAGCCGCGAUGUUGAGCAUCCUCGAGAGGUACAAAUGGCACCAAUUCAGCGUGGUUACCUCGCAGAUUGCAGGACACGACGACUUCGUGCAGGCUGUCCGGGAGAGGAUCUCCGACAUGCAGGACACCUUCAAAUUCACGAUAUUGAGCGCAAUUUUGGUCACCGAGCCGCACGAUCUGCUCGAACUGGUUAACAGCGAGUCCAGAGUGAUGUUGCUUUAUUCGACCAGAGAGGAGGCCACCCAUAUCUUGAAGGCUGCUCGCGAUUACAAGAUCACCGGGGAGAAUUACGUGUGGGUGGUGACGCAGAGUGUUAUCGAGAACCUGCAUACACCCAGCCAGUUUCCAGUAGGAAUGCUCGGUGUGCACUUUGAUACAAGCACGGAGAGUUUGGUCAGCGAGAUCACGACGGCGGUGAAGGUUUAUGCAUAUGGCGUUGAGGAUUUCCUGAAUAAUCAAAACAAUCAUCACCUCAGUUUGAAUACACAGCUCAGCUGCGAAGGGAGUUAUGGCGAAUCUCGCUGGAACGCUGGAGAUCUAUUUUUCAAAUAUUUAAAGAACGUGUCAGUGGAGGGUGACCAAGGAAAACCGAAGGUGGAGUUUACACAAGACGGUGUUUUGAAAGCGGCCGAACUGAAAAUCAUGAAUCUCCGUCCGGGUUUAAGCAAACAGCUCGUCUGGGAAGAGAUCGGUGUCUGGAAGUCCUGGGAGAAGGAGGGUCUGGACAUCAAGGAUAUCGUCUGGCCUGGAAACACCCAUACGCCUCCUCAAGGUGUGCCGGAGAAGUUUUAUUUGAAAAUAACCUUCCUGGAGGAGCCGCCGUACAUCAAUCUCGCACCCCCGGACCCUGUGAGCGGAAAAUGUCUGAUGGAUCGCGGAGUUCACUGUCGAGUGGCCAAGGAGUCCGACAUGGUCGGGGUGGACAUCCAAUCGGCGCAGAAGAACGAGAGCUUUUAUCAAUGCUGCAGUGGUUUCUGCAUCGAUCUGCUGCAAAAGUUCUCUGAGGAGAUAGGCUUCACUUACGAGCUUGUCAGGGUCGAAGAUGGCAAGUGGGGCACACUAGAGAACGGAAAAUGGAACGGCUUGAUUGCGGACCUUGUAAACCGGAAGACGGACAUGGUGAUGACGUCCCUGAUGAUUAAUUCGGAGCGGGAGGCGGUCGUUGACUUUACGGUGCCAUAUAUGGAGACUGGUAUUGCUAUAGUGGUGGCGAAGAGGACUGGUAUUAUAUCUCCUACUGCCUUUCUUGAACCAUUUGACACCGCAUCCUGGAUGUUGGUGGGCAUUGUGGCCAUCCACGCAGCCACAAUCAUGAUAUUGCUGUUCGAAUGGUUGUCGCCAUCCGGUUUCAACAUGAAGGUAAACCCUUCAGGCGCUGCUCGGAGACCGAAGAAUCCAUCGCCCAACCAUCGAUUCUCUUUCUGUCGGACGUAUUGGUUGGUCUGGGCAGUAUUAUUUCAGGCAGCCGUCCAUAUCGAUUCUCCCAGGGGAUUCACAGCCAGAUUCAUGACGAACGUGUGGGCGUUGUUCGCCGUGGUGUUCCUGGCCAUUUACACUGCCAACCUGGCCGCUUUCAUGAUCACGAGGGAGGAGUUCCACGAAUUUACAGGGGUGGACGAUCACCGUUUGGCGAGACCGUAUUCCCAUAAACCCAUGUUCAAAUUCGGCACCAUACCUUGGAGCCACACGGACAGCACCCUCGCCAAGUACUUCAAGGAGAUGCACGCAUACAUGAAGAAAUUCAACAAGAGCAGCGUUGCUGAAGGAAUCGAGACGGUUAUAAGCGGGGAAAUGGACGCGUUUAUCUACGACGGAACUGUUUUGGAUUAUUUGGUGGCGCAAAACGAGGACUGCCGAUUACUGACUGUGGGAUCAUGGUACGCCAUGACUGGUUAUGGCCUGGCAUUCUCUAGGAAUUCCAAAUACUUGCAGAUGUUCAACAAACGUCUACUGGAUUACAGAGACAACGGAGACCUUGAACGUCUCAGGAGGUACUGGAUGACUGGUACCUGCAAGCCGGGUAAAGAGGUUCAAAAGAGCAGCGAUCCCUUGGCACUGGAACAGUUCUUAUCCGCGUUUCUUUUACUGAUGAUGGGAAUUCUUCUAGCCGCAGCCUUUUUACUUCUCGAACAUCUGUAUUUCAAAUAUGUCAGACAGCAUCUGGCACGAAGCGACGGUGGCGGCUGUUGCGCACUUUUCAGCUUGAGUAUGGGAAAAUCGCUGACGUUUCGAGGAGCAGUUUACGAGGCGCAGGACAUCUUGAGGUACCACAGGUGCAGAGACCCCAUCUGCGACACUCACUUGUGGAAGGUGAAACACGAGUUGGACAUGGCAAGGAUCAGGAUAAGACAGCUGGAGAAGGACUUGGAAGCGCACGGGAUAAAACCUAGCCAGGCCAAGAGGAAAACCGGAAGUCUCGGCUGGUGGCGAGGAUGCUUUCAAAGCUCGGACCGCCAUUCACAACCGGAGUCAUUGGCGGUGGAAGCUCCGCAUCCGCUACCGCCAUACUUCGAUUCAUUCAUCGACGCCAUCGAUGUCGCAAGGCCACGGGACAUGACUAGGAAUCACGUCGUCAGCACGGAAUAUUCGCAGAAGUUUUUGCCAACCGAAAUCUACAGGAUUCCGGACGAAGGUGCAACCAGGACGGAAAUCGCCGAGAUGGAAACAGUUCUGUGAUCUUAAAGAGCCGGCUGCGAUUGCCCAAUCCCUCAGGAAGCACGGAAGAGUCCCCAAAGAGCGAAUCCAGCUUCUCCUUCAUUUUGGACAACGAGUUAAUGCCUCGUAGCCUCAUCGAGGCUUCUCUUGUCACGAAUCGACGGUGUCCAAUCGUCGAACGAAGUUUCUGAACCAUCCUGCUAUGUGGACAGUCUUCGAGCAAACAUGAAGAUACGGGUGAACGUUCAGUGCCUACGAAGAAGCUAACAAAAUCGAGAUUCGAUCGUUCCCCUCUCGAAUUACGUAUUUCCGAUUGUCGUAUCAAAGCAAAGUACGCUUUGGAGGUGCACCGCCAAGUGCCAGUGUAUGGUGUUCAUGUUUUGAUUGCGUCCAACCUAUGGGAUGCUCUGAGACCAUCUUUUUGGAGUUUACGGUGUUUGCACCUUGACGAGAACCUGUGAAACACGAUUUCUUGAAGAAAUUUUUAAUUCUACCCACGUUCCGUUGGAUGAAACGCUGGGAGGUUAGGUUUGUGGAGUUUUCAACGGGUUGUUUUAAGUGUUAGGCUAAGUGGCCGAUUUUUAUACGUAAUUAUGCCAUAUCAAUUUGAAGCUUUUAUACUAAUUGUACAAA